AUGUCAGAAGUUCGCGUUGCCUGGAUCGGCCUCGGCAACAUUGGCCGGGGCAUGAGCUCCAACAUUGCCCAAAAGGGCCCUCAGUCCAGUCUGAUUCUCUACAACCGCACCACAUCCCGCGCUACUGCGCAUGCACAAGCCCUCGGUGGCCGCGCCACGGUCGCGAACUCGCUUGCCGAGGCCGUCCAGGCUUCCGACUUGAUCUUCACCUGUGUCGGCGAUGACCCCGCCAUCGACUCAAUCACCCAGGCCAUCCUCGCAGGCAAGGACAUCGACUUCUCAACAAAGACCUUCGUCGAUUGCUCGACCGUGCACCCGGACACCUCACGCCGCACGGAAGCCGCGUACCAGGCGCGGGGUGCGGCUUUCGUCGCUUGCCCCGUGUUCGGGGCACCCAACAUGGCGGACGCGGGAGAGAUGAUCGUCGUGCCUGCGGGCAAGCAGGCGGCGAUUGCAAAGGCGAAGCCGUUCUUUGAGGGUGUGACGGCCAAGGCAACGAUCGACCUGUCCAGCGGGACGGGCGCGGACAUUGACGUCGGCAAGGCGUCGACCCUCAAGUUGCUGGGCAACACAUUCAUCCUCAACACCGUCGGCGUGCUGUCGGAGUCAAUGGUGGCCGCGGAGGCGUCGGGUCUGGGCACGGCGCCUUUCAAGCAGUGGCUGGACCUGUUCGACCCGGGCCCAUUUACCAAGUACGCGGGCCGCAUGAUCUCCGGCGACUACUACCAGCGUGACGAACCGCUGUUCGCAGUUGACUUGGCCCGCAAGGAUCUCCGGCAUGCGUCGAACAUCGCCAAAGAGGCUGGGCAGCGCAUGCGCAAUGUCGAAGUCACGGAUCAUUUCCUCCAGGAGGUGAAGGCGGAGAAGGGCGAAAAGGGAGACAUUGCGGGAAUUUAUGGCGCGGCAAGGAAAGCGGCGGGUAUGGAAUAUGGGAACCAGUAG